AUGGCCACUCCAGUAGUUUUGAUUAUCGGGUGUGGAAUUGCUGGUCCUGUACUUGGGAUUUUUUACAAGCGCAAGGGGUACCACCCGAUUGUUUUUGAGAAGGUGCAGACGCUGGGAGAUGCCGGAGCGUCACUGUUGCUGAUGCCAAACGGGAUGAAGGUUCUGAAUUUGGUUGGCCUCGCAGAGGAAGUUGCCGAAGAAUCGCUCCCCCUGACCGGCUUUUGGGACGGCGUCUCCUCAGGGGAGACCUUGGGUCAUUCAGGGCUUCCCGCGGCCUUCCCAGCCAAGUACAGGCACCCGGCGGCGGGGAUCAAACGGGCCUCGAUCAGUCAGAUGCUGAAAAGGAGAUUGAUAGACAUGGACAUCGAACUCCGCGAGGGGUGGAAAUUGGAGUCGAUCCAGGAGAAUGAGGAUUCUGUCACGGCUAUCUUCGACGGUGGGCGCACGGUAACCGGUUCGUUCCUCAUCGGCUGUGAUGGCAUCAAGGCCGCCUCGCGGUGUGCAAUACUGGGGAUGCAAGGCAUCGGCACGGGGAUGCCGACCUUCACGGGCCUGGCGCAGGUGGCGGGCAUUUCGCCCACACCGGAGUCGCUGGACGCCUUCCGACGUGGCAGCCUCUGUAACUGGUACGGAGACGGCAAACACGUUAUCGCGUAUCCCAUAUCGACCAGUCUUACCUCCUGGGCCGUCACCGUUCCCCAAACGCGAGCACACGAAGAGACGUGGCGUCUGUCUGGCCCGGCGGAGAUCGAAACGCAGCGCGAGAUGUUGGCGUCCGAGUUGGCUGGUUUUGAGCCUAUCGUGUUGGACCUAAUCAAAACAGCCUCGCGGAUCAUCAAGUUUGGCCUUUUUGAUCGUGAGGAAUUAAGCCCCGAGCAGUGGCAUUCCAAGCGCUGUGUGCUGGUCGGCGAUGCAGCUCAUCCGACGACGCCUCACCUGGGACAAGGCGCGAACCAGGCUUUGGAGGACUGCUACCACCUUAUGCAAUACAUGCCAUGCGUAGAGCCAGGAAGUGUGGACGACGCGGGGAAGUUGAAAUGCCUUGACUCAGAUCUCGCGAGCCUCUUCCAGGCUUACGCCGAAAGACGCCAACCUCGUACGUCGGCGUUGGUGAAGGAAGCACGCGCCCAAGGCGACAGGCGUGUAGUAGCCACUCCUGCACUGUGUAAAGAACGGGAUGCAGUCGUGGCUGCAGCAUGGAGCAAUCCCGACUCGGUCAGCGCCAAGUACGAAAUAUUGCUGAAAGAGCCGUUCUAA